CUUUCGCAUAUCUAGCUGCUACGAUAUUUCGUACCAAUCGCGAAUGCUGAGCGAAUCCUUCUGCUCAUGGCUGCUGCUCUUUAGUCUUGCCUUGUACACUCUCGGUCAGUCAACUUCAAAUGAUCCUAUUCGGGGAGUCAACCUUGGAGGCUGGCUGGUUACAGAGCAAUGGAUCACUCCGGCAGUCUACCAAGGCACCUACGCAAACGACGAAUGGCACCUCUGCAACCAACUAGGCCCUAAACAAUGUGCAUCCACCCUCCGCUCACACUGGUCUUCCUUUUACGUCCGCGAUGACCUCGUCGCCAUACGGUCUGCAGGUCUCAACAGGAUCCGGAUACCCAUCGGCUACUGGGCGGUCGAUCUUCUGCCCUACGAGCCUUACGUCUCUGGACAGUACCCUUACCUCAUCCGAGCCGUGCAAUGGGCCGGCGAACUAGGAUUGUCCGUGAUUAUUGACCUGCAUGGCGCACCAGGGUCCCAGAAUGGGCAGGACAAUUCGGGAUUGAUUGGGCCGGUGCUUUUUCCGAGCAACGCGUCGAAUGUGGACCGGAGUCUUAAUGUGUUGAGGAACCUGACCGAGGAGUUCUCAUCUCUGGUUUACAACAAUACCGUGAUAGGUGUGGAGUUGCUCAACGAACCUAGACUAUCUGCGACCUUCUCCAUGGACCAGCUCAAGCGUUUCUAUACAAACGGGUCUGCCGUGGUGCACGAUGCGAGCACCCGAAGUGGCUUCAAUGUCACUAUACACGAUGCCUUCUGGGGACCGCAGUAUUGGACGAACUACAAUCCGAGCAACGCCGCAGCCUCUCAGCCUGCGCAAGGCCUGGCAAUUGACACGCACCAGUACUACGCCUUUGCACCCCUCAACAACCUCACCGCACCGCAAAUCCUGCAGUCAAUCUGCAAUAUCUCACAGCUACUGAAGGCGCCUCAUAGCGGCAUUCCGCCGACUGUGGUUGGGGAAUGGAGUCUUGAAACAGGCAAUUCUCCAGUCGCAUCAAGCUCCGAUCAGAACGGCAAUGACAACCAGGCACGCCGAACGUGGUUUCGUCUGCUCGCUGAAGCGCAGAUGCGUGCAUACUCUCCCACCGCGGAGGGUCAGAGUUCGAUCGGGUGGAUCUUCUGGGCUUGGAAAACUGAGUAUGACAUUGAUACGUGGUCAUAUCGCCGCGGCGUCGCAGACGGAUGGAUACCUUCCAUCGCAAGCAAUUACUCGACCUACGCCUUUCCAGUCCUUGCGAACGGGUGUGUCGACACGACUUACAACUAUACUGCUCCGCGAAAGGUUGGCAGUGCCGGAAUGGUCAGCGCGGGUAUGCUGGACUCGAGGUUGCUUGCUUUAGCGGCGUUGGUGUGUAUCGCAGUGGCGAUGUGAGUACGCCGGUUGAGCUAUGAGGUUACAAUGUAUCCAUGGUUAGCUGGCUUGAUAUUCGAUCGGGGCUGGACCACGAAGCACGAUACACAAGAACAAAAUACGUACCUCGAUCGAGGAAGCAUAAAGCAUGGAGCAUGAGCAUGGAGCACUGAGCGCGGUGUGACGUUGAAGGACAAAGCAUAAGGUGUGAAGUGUAAAGCAGUAAAGCUGGGAUACGGAGCAUGAACCCGUUCAACACGGGCUGCUUGUGCGCUGCGUUCGCCCUUGCAGUGCAGCGCAGACGCACGGCUUCGACCUGUACCUGGUCAAUGGGACGGUAGGUGUGUUCGAUCCCACAGCCUGCAAAAGAAGGCAGUAG